GUGGUAAUGUUCACACACUGUCAUGGCCGCUCACUGAGUUGCGUGUGUGUGUUAUAAAAGUGCGUUUGUGUGUCAUGUUUAGCGUCAUGAGGAUGCGAGCCGGGUUCCGGUGGUUUCGGUUCGGUGUCAGAGGCUUUCAUCACAGUGGUGACGGUAUUCGGACUGUGACUGUCAGUUUGGGGGACCGGAAGCUCGAGAUUUCUACAGGGAAGCUGGCCAGGUUCGCUGAUGGCUGUUCUGUGGUGAAGUUGGGUGACACGUCAGUGAUGGUCACAGCGGUCAGUAAAACUAAAGCAUCAUCCUCUCAGUUCAUGCCACUGGUGGUGGAUUACAGACAGAAAGCUGCAGCCGCAGGACGAAUCCCCACAAACUACCUGAGACGAGAGCUGAGCAGCACAGACACAGAGAUCCUCACCAGCAGACUCAUCGAUCGCUCCAUCAGACCGCUGUUCCCCGCCGGAUAUUUCUACGACACACAGGUGUUGUGUAACAUAUUGGCCGCUGAUGGAGUCAAUGAUCCAGAUGUUGUGGCCAUUAAUGGAGCGUCUGCAGCUCUGGCUCUGUCUGACAUCCCCUGGAACGGACCCAUCGGUGCGGUGCGCAUCGGCCUCGUAGACGGAGAGUUCAUCGUCAAUCCCACACGCUCUCAGAUGAACAUCAGCGCGCUCAAUCUGGUGGUUGCAGGCGCCGCCUCCAGUCACGUAGUGAUGAUGGAAGCUGCAGCGGAGAACGUUCUCCAGCAGGAUUUCUGUCAUGCAGUGAAGUUAGGUGUGAAACACACGCAGCAGAUCAUUCAGGCCAUACAGCAGAUGAGCCGAGAGCUCAAAGUGACCAAACGAACUCCAGCCAAAUUCUUCACGCCUCCAGCGGACAUGGUGGAACACACCAGAGAAUUGGCGUCUGAGAAGAUUUAUGCUGUGUUUACAGACUUCACACAUGAUAAGAUUACCAGAGAUGAAGCGAUUAAUAAAAUUCGUCUGGAGACAGAGGAACUCAUCAAAGAGAAGUUUCCUCACUCCGAGUCGUUUGAGGUGAUCGAAGCGUUUAACAGCGUCUCUAAAGACAUCUUCAGGAAUUUAGUUCUUAACGAAUACAGACGGUGUGAUGGCAGAGAUCUGAUGUCUUUGAGGAAUAUCUCGUGUGAGGUGGACGUGUUUAAACCGCUGCACGGCUCUGCGCUCUUUCAGAGGGGUCAGACGCAGGUGCUGUGUACGGUGACGUUUGACUCUCUAGAGUCCAGUAUUAAACCUGAUGUGAUAACCACAGCACUCAGUGGAAUCAAAGACAAGAACUUCAUGCUGCAUUAUGAGUUUCCUCCGUAUGCGACCAAUGAGAUCGGCAAGAUGGGAGGAGUGAACAGACGAGAACUCGGACACGGAGCACUGGCAGAGAAAGCUUUGAGACCGGUCAUCCCCAAAGAGUUCCCCUUCACCAUUCGUGUGACAUCAGAGGUGCUGGAGUCUAACGGCUCAUCAUCGAUGGCUUCAGUGUGUGGUGGCAGUUUAGCUCUCAUGGAUUCAGGUGUGCCCAUCUCUUCAGCUGUAGCAGGUGUCGCUAUCGGUCUGAUAUCCAAACCCAACCAUGAGAAAUCAUCAUCUGAUAUUCUCGACUACAGAUUACUGACUGACAUACUGGGAAUCGAGGAUUAUAAUGGAGACAUGGAUUUUAAACUGGCAGGAACGAGUAAAGGCAUCACAGCUCUGCAGGCUGAUAUAAAGAUCACUGGACUUCCUCUGAAGAUUGUUAUGGAGGCCAUACAGCAGGCCACAGUGGCCAAAAAAGAGAUCUUAAGCAUCAUGAACAAGACGAUAUCUAAAGCGAGGAGCUCCAGGAAGGAGAAUGGGCCGGUUGUUGAGAAUGUGAAAGUGCCUGUAUCCAGAAGAGCUCGAUUUGUCGGUCCAGGAGGAUAUAAUCUACGCAGAUUACAAGCCCAGACAGGUGUGACGAUUAGUCAGGUGGAUGAGGAGACAUUCUGUGUGUUUGCCCCGACACCCAGCGCCAUGAAUGAAGCACAGGAGUUCAUCAGAGAGAUCUGUAAAGAUGAUCAAGAAGAACAGUUGGAGUUUGGUGCCGUAUACACGGCCACUAUCACAGAGAUCAGGGACAUUGGUGUGAUGGUGAAGCUGUAUCCGAACAUGAGCGCUGUGCUGCUACACAACUCGCAACUUGACCACAAACGGAUUAAACACCCCAGUGCUCUCAGACUGGAGGUUGGACAGCAGAUCCAGGUUAAGUAUUUUGGCCGCGACCCGACAGACGGCCGAAUGCGACUGUCUCGUAAAGUCCUUCAGUCUCCCACGGCGACGGUCGUCAAGACCUUGAGUGACAGACACAGCAUCUCCAUAGCAACACCUCAUGAGCACUCCUCGGACUCAUAAACUAUUCAUGAACUUUUGUACAUUAUAGUAUAAUGUAUUUUAUAAUAAAUGGUCUUUCCCCCAACUACUAACAUCAUGUGACAAACACAACUCUGACUUGUGCAUUACACAUCAUGUUUGAAAAGUGUAUAAAAAUUUGAAACCGUAAACAGUUUGUAGGAAGGAAAGUGAAUUUUUAGAGCUGUUCAUAAUUAUGUAUUAACAAUAAUAUAAUUACUAAUUAUUAUUUUUAUACUGUGCCGUUUACGCGGUAACCACUUACAAAAGUCUUCAUGGUCGAGUGCUGCAGUAAAAUCAUGAUAAAUUAAAAUGGGCUCUCUUUUAAACAGUGAAUCCCACAGUCACCUGCUGUCAUCGAAUGGUUACUGUUUGGUUAUUUUAGGGAACCAAUUGGCAACAUUAAGAAAACAGCUGCGGUUGUUAAUAUGCACUUUUAUGAAACGGGUGCCUUGUCCAGUUUUGCUAAGGAGAUUUACAGGGUAUUUUAUAUAUAUAUUUUAUAUAUUUCAGUCAUAUAAGUGUUAACAAAUAGUGUAAUCCCAAGCUAAAAACAUUUAAAUGUUUGGAUACAAUAAUGACUUCAGAAAUGUAAGAGCUGACAGUUACCAUAUACAGUUUAAUUACAGUUUUAAAGUCUUGUGCUCAAGGUUGUGAAACUUCAACGGGCCUCUCAGGAUAUUUCACCCCCCCCAAAAAAAAUUUUCAUCAUUUACUCACCCUCAUGCCAUCCCAGAUGUGUAUGACUUUCUUUCUUCUGCUGAACACAAAUGAAGAUUUUUAGGAGAAUAUUUCAGCUCUGUAGGUCCAUACAAUGCAAGUGAAUGGUGACCAGAACUUUGAAGCUCCAAAAAGCACAAAGGCAGCAUAAAAGUAAUCCAUAAGACUCCAGUGGUUUAAUCCAUGUCUUCAGAAAUGAUAUGAUAGGUUUGUGUGAGAAACAGAUCAAUAUUUAAUCCUUUUUUACUCCACUUUAACAUUCUUUAGUUUUUUGGCAAUUCACAUUCUUCAAUAUCACCACCUACUGGGCAGGGAGGAGAAUUUCAAGAAAGUCAUACACAUCUGGGAUGGCAUGAGGGUGAGUAAAUGAUGAGAAUUUUUAUUUUUGGGUGAAAUAACCCUUUAAAGAGUAUAUUUGUAUAAAUAUCCUCCUUUCAAUUAUCAGUUGUUUACUUUAUUAAAAUGUCAGCUGUA